GCGGAGGAAUGGAUAGUAGCAAAUCCUGAACUGACAGAUAAGACAAGGUUCACAAUUACUGGGCUGCCAACAGGUUCUAAAAUAUUUGUCAGAGUUAAAGCAGUGAACGCUGCAGGUCAGAGUGAGCCCAAACUACAUCCCCAACCAAUCUUAGUAAAGGAGGUCAUAGUACCUCCAAAGAUUCGUCUUCCACGACACCUAAAACAAACUUACAUUCGAAAAGUUGGAGAAGCUGUAAAUCUUGUAAUACCCUUUCAGGGAAGACCCAGACCCAAAGUAUCUUGGAAAAAGAAUGGAUCACAUGUGGACAAAACACAAAUAAGUAUCCGCAACUCUGAAUGCGACACUAUCCUUUUCAUCCGUAAAGCAGAGCGAAUUCAUUCUGGAAAAUAUGAUUUGAAAGUGAAAGUUGAGAACCUACAAGAUAAAGCAUCAAUCUUCAUUCAGAUUGUUGAUAAACCUGGACCUCCACAGUCUGUAGAUAUUGAAGAAGUGUGGGGGGAGAAUGUUGCACUAGAAUGGAAGCCACCAGAAGACAAUGGCAAUGCUGCAAUCACAGGAUAUACCAUACAGAAAGCAGACAAGAAGACCAUGGAAUGGUUCACAGUGCUGGAGCACUACCAUAGAACCAGUGCCACCAUAUCAGAUCUUGUGAUAGGAAACGAGUACUAUUUCCGUAUUUUCUCUGAAAAUAUGUGCGGCCUCAGUGAAGCAGCAACUAGGACUGUAAAUGCUGCACUUAUACAGAAGGAAGGUAAGACAAAUAAUUUAUAUUUUGUUUAUAUUUUCUAG